CUCACGGUUUCACCCACGAAACGUGUACGUGAUGCCACUAAUAAUGUAACCAAAUUUCCCAAGCAUGCAAGUUGGUUGUCAAUUUACUAAUGACAUAAUAUACAAGGCUGAUUUCAAUGGAGAUCUGGGUCCAGAAUCUCCACUAGGUCCAGAAUCUUCUGACAUUUUUGAUGGGCUGGAAACACGUAGGUCGUCUUGAG